GCAGGAUAGGCGUUCAGCACAGUCUACACUGAAAGUCGGGAGUGAGUGAGCUGAGGGAAGCGAGCCGAAAUCUCUGCGGUGCAGAGCUGGAAAGCUGCUCUCUAAGCGAAAAUCAGACGCUUUCGUCCUCUUCCUCUUUACCUCUGCUUCUUGGCUAAAGGACAUACAGUACAGACUUUACGAGGAGGAGGGAGCACACGGCGACGCUCCGAUUUUUUUUUAUUUUUAGUUCGUUUCUGCUGAAGGGACUUAAUUUCGUACUUUUGCACUGAGGCGAAAUUAUUUCUACCUCCAACUCUUGUUUGCUGAACUAAUCUUCAGUCGAAGUAGUUUCUAACAAGCAAAGUCCGAUGCCGUUUGCUGUGCAUUAGACAAAGUUUUUUUUUUCUUUUUUCUUUUAAUCUUUAUCUGAACAGCGUUGCAUGUGAGAAAGUCUGCAGCGGUGGAAAGGCAACUACAUUCUAUUGCAUGACAGAGCAGGGGAAAGGAAAACUCAAGUCGGUUUUUGCGACGCUUGCAGCCACACUCGCAUAUUUACAAACGAAAGAAAAUAUGAGUGCAGAGUUGAACAUGGGUCCAGAGCUGCCAACCAGCCCACUGGCUUUGGAAUACGUCAAUGACUUUGAUUUGAUGAAGUUUGAUGUGAAGAAAGAAGCUCUGGCAGGUCUCGACCGCUCCUCCGUUCGCCAGUGCAAUCGGCUCCAGCCCCAGGGGUCUGUGUCCUCCACCCCGAUCAGCACCCCGUGCAGCUCGGUGCCCUCUUCGCCCAGCUUCAGCCCGACGGAGCAGAAGAACCACCUGGAAGAGCUGUACUGGAUGCCCAGCGGCGGCUAUCACCAGCAGAUUGAUCCGCAAACGCUGAGCCUGACCCCGGAGGAUGCAGUGGAAGCCCUGAUUGGCGCCACGGCCCACGGGCACCCUCCGCCUCCACAUGUUCAGCAACAGCUUCAGCAAGGGGGCUUCGAGGGUUACAGGGCGGCGCACCAUCACCACAGCCACGGCCAUGCUCAACAGCACCAUCACCAGUACCCGGGGAUUCCCCACCACCCCGACGACCUUCCAGGUCACCCUGGAGCACACAAUCACGCGCAUAGCCAACACCACCAUCACCACAGCCAGGACCCUGACAGUCCUUCUCCUACCUCUCCUGGGUCCCAUCAGCAGCUCCAUCAUCGUCACCACCAUCACCACCACCCGCAUGCCCACCCGGGCCAGCAGGGUCACCACGGCGGAGGAGCAGGGCUGAAUGUGGAAGACCGCUUCUCGGAUGACCAGCUGGUGUCCAUGUCGGUGCGAGAGCUCAACCGGCAUCUGCGGGGCUUCAGUAAGGACGAGGUCAUCCGCCUGAAGCAGAAGCGCCGGACCCUCAAGAACCGGGGCUACGCUCAGUCCUGUCGCUUCAAGCGGGUCCAGCAGAAGCACGUCUUGGAGAACGAGAAGACCCAGCUCAUCAAUCAGGUAGAGCAGCUCAAGCAAGAGAUCAACCGGCUGGCCCGCGAGAGAGACGCGUACAAACUCAAAUGCGAGAAACUGACUGGCACAAACGGGUUCCGCGAGGCUGGGUCCACCAGUGACAACCCGUCCUCGCCAGAAUUCUUCAUGUGAGUUACUCUGAUGUCCGACAACUGAUGCUGACAAAAAUAAUAAUCAAUAUUACUGAUUAUGAUUAUACUAAUAACAACAUCUGUAUUCAUAUUAGAAGAAUUAUCCAGAAAAUAAUAAUCUCAUAUCUAAUCAUCUCCAUCCGACAACUGAUAUACAAAGAACAAGGUAGAACGUUUUCAAAACUGCAGCAUCUUUGUAGAUUAGUUGCUUGUAGAGAAGACUUUUUUUCUUCCCGAAAAAGAAAAGAAUUGCUGAAUCUGAACUUUCUUUAUAGACCGCUUUAAUCUGUUAGGAGCAUGGGAUGACGUCGGACGAGUCUUCUUACUGUGAUUUUUUUCCCCUCGAGUGUUCAUAGAUACCGUAUCAAACGUCUGCGCUGAAAGGAGAGUACUAAGACUUGCAUUCUGCACUUGCUCGAAAAACUAUCAGACAGAAGUGAAAAAAGACUCCACAUAUGCAAACUUUGUUUCUCGUGUACCCCGCUUGCAACCUAAAACUGUCGAAAAGGGGGACAUUUUAUGCAACAUCUCAUUGGUUUAUUGCCUGCUUGGUUAUAUAUAAAUAUAUAUUAAAACAAAAUCUGCAUUAAAAUAUUAAUCCUGCAUGCUGGACAUGUAUGGUAAUAAUUUCUAUUUUGUACUUUCUUUUCCUUGUGUAUCUUAAUAGCAUGUUGUUGAUCUGAGCUUUUCAUUAGCUGUUUUGGGGUUAUAGAAAUGAAAUGGUGAUAUAUCAACAUUACUGCUCGUGCAGUUUCACGUUGUUUGGGUUUAUUUAGCUUGUAAAUAUAUGCAACAGCAAACUGCACACCAACAUGGAGGAGGUUGGUUUUAAACUUUGGUUUUUUCUUUCUCUUUUGUUUGGGUAUUGAUUUUCAGAGAUAUGGGCAUUUUUGCAGUUGCAUUAAAAACAACAAACUUUGUAUAUUAAGUGCACUUUUUUCGGAUUAUGAUUUGGUGUUUGCAGUUUUCAUUUUGGGUUUUUUUGCAGACCGCCUUCAAGGAAGACAUACUAUAAAGAGGAUUGCUAUGAUUAUUAUGAGAAAUUAGAUUUGCAUUGAAAAGCUAAAUAGUACAUUUAUAACAAAUUAUAUCAUAUGAAGCUACCAAAUUAUAUGCUUCGCAUUUGCAGCUAAAUAACUAUUCAUUACGGAACAUAUUUACGCUCCAUAGAUUAACUUUGUUUUUGCCAUUUCGCUAUUAAGGCACAUAGUAUCAAAUAGUUGAGGCAUAUGUUGUGUAGAAUUAAUUUCAGUCGGUGCUAAUGACACCGUGUUUAGAUGGGAGUUCUUACGAAAUUACCGUUCUGCCAUCUAUUGCAUAAUCCGGCGCUAUUAUAUAAUAUGAACGAAAUAUACAGGAUCCAUUUAAUGUUCCCUCAAAAACGUGAGCCAUGUUCUACGGUGAUGGACAACUGUCAUUAUGUUUUUAAUGAAUUUCAAUUUCAACUAUACACACAACACCUUAGACCUGUACAUGCGCAACAGCGUGUCCAAAUCAGGGGGUUAUUGACAUUUUACGUGUUAUUUAGACUGUAUGAUAUUCGGAGAGAAAGUAUAAUGUUAUAUGUUUUCCUAUAUUUUUUUCUGCCGGUCAGUAAAAAAAAGGAUUCUGGUUUUGCAAAAUCUCAAAAUGAAAACUAUAUAUGUGUAUGGUUAUAUUUUAUUAUUAUUUUUGUUGUAUUAUUAUUUGGAGGUUCUGGUUCUGCUGGCCAGAUGCAUAGUUCAGUUUUUAUUUUAAUGAUUUAAAUUAACAAACUGUCAGAUCAUAUUGAAUAAGCAUGGUGCUUGCAUUUAAAAACUAUUGUUAAAAAGUCAUGCAUUUAACAAUCUUUGGUUUGUUACUGAUUCAACUGUGUUGAAAUCAAAUUGAAACUGCAGCAGCGGGUUUUGUUUUUUAUUUCAUGUAUUUUGCGAGGGGAUCAAUUUUCAAUCCUGUUUAUAUAAAUGAAAAAAAAGUUAAAUUUG